UUUACAUAUAGGAUACAUGUUCGUAUGUGACCUAGUAAUAGUGCAUGAUUAUUCAUAACUACUCCGGCGGUAAUGCAGAGAUGAGCGGAAUUGAAGGGCUUAAUUCUGAUUAAUGUUUUUUCUCGCACAGUCUUAAUAAAUAAAUAUUAUUGAAAAUCGGUUAUUUUCUUUUCUCAAUUUUAGUAAAUAAAUUUUAUUAUAAAAUCGGAUGUUUUUUCUCACUUAAUCUCAGUAAAUAACUUUUAUUAAAUAAAAACUUUUUUGCUCACUCUACCUUUUUCGUUUGAAUUGACAGCUUUGACGUCACAAUAUGGCGCCCCGUCGAUCCUAUUCUUAGUUGAAUCGCAUUAUACCUAACUAUUGUGUUGAACCAAUGGAUUCUCAAUAUCUUUAAAUUGAGUAGGUAUAUAAUUACAGUAUUGAAUAUUUUAUUUAUUUGACUGUAUUCUGCUUGAUAUUUCAGAUAAUUCAAUGUACGAGAGAAGCGCGUACAGGUGUCAACAUAACGCUUGAUACAGACAACGUCAGGUUUUUUACAAAUGUUACUUCUUGCAUAUUGGCCCGAACUAGAUGUAGUAGCUUCAAUCCAAUUACCGGAGAACCCCAAAUAUCAGGAGCCUCGUCUUCUGGAGCUCGAAUAAGUAAUGCUCUUCAGUUUUCUAACACUGGAGAAUUAAGGAUAUUGGCACUUCCAGCUAAUACUCCGGUUGUGAACGCUUUUUGUGCUGCUUCGUCUAACUUGACCCAAACAAGUUGGUUGACAAACGUUUGUUGAAAAAAGAUUUUUUUACUAUGUCUCUUAUUUUUUUUACAUUUAUCAUACCAAGCAACGUAACCGUAUAUUUUGACUGAUUUCAUACAAAUAUUUUGUUACCACUAAUAUAACUGUAUUUUUUAUAUUAGGUAAGGACUUAAUAUUGAGUAGGUAGGUAACUAUUAUUAUUUUAUAAAUUUCAUGCAAUUAUUUCGCUCGCUUUGCUCGCGCUAAGUUUAGGUCGCAACACUUAACCUAACCCUCUGUGAGUUAGUCAAAAGUUAAUUGAUCUGUAUUCAUUGGGUAAGCAUUAUAAAAUCCGUCCGUCAUUUUAUAUGCAAUUGGGUAGGCUAGGUUAGGUUUGGUUGGGAUAAAUACGGGUUAAUUGAUUUACUACCCAAUUACAUCAAAUGAAGCUUGCAUAUGGCAAUUGGCAAGAUUAGCCUUAGCCGUCAUGCCAUAAUAAAAGAAGAAGACCUGUGGGUUUUGGCGGGAAUUUAUCGAGUGCGGUUGGCGUCUUAUUUUAAUUAUUGUUGAAUUCAUUCAUAGUGGAUAUUGUGAAAUAAAAUUGGUGUGAUUUUGUGUUACAACCGUGUGCGCCACUGAAGAAUUAACGGAAUCUUUAAAAUAUAUGUUAUUCCGGUCAAGUGGACGUAAAAACUUUAUUGCAGUGUUGACUACCUCACAGAAGCUUUUCGAGAAAGCUGACUCGAUAUAUUUUGUACCAAACACUCCAAGAAACAUUAGAAUGUGUCACACCCAUAUACUAAUGUAAAAAAAAGAAUAUUGAUACAAAAAUAAGACGAUGGCUGCAUGGCUUUGCCUUUUGCAAUAGGGAAGAAUAGAACGAAAAAAAAGAAGACCUGUGUUUUGACGUUUCACUACAUAAAAUAAACUUUACUUUAAACUUUUUGAAUGUAUUUUACUUAUUAAAACUAACGUGCAACUACGUCGACGACUGCGAAAAUAUCACGGAUAAAAUACUAGUCUUCAAAAUGGGACGAAAGGUGACUGUGGCAGUAUGUACAUUAAAUCAAUGGGCAUUGGAUUUUGAGGGAAAUCUUAGCAGAAUUCUGCAAUCUAUACAGGAGGCUAAAGAAUUGGGUGCAUCAUAUCGCACGGGGCCAGAACUAGAGAUUUGCGGUUACAGUUGUGAGGACCACUUUCACGAGUCCGACACGUAUCUUCACAGUUGGCAAGUCCUAGCAGAGUUGCUUAAAUCGCCGACAUGCAAAGAUAUUCUAAUCGAUGUCGGUAUGCCAGUGCAGCACAGAAAUGUUGCUUACAAUUGUAGAGUAGCAUUUCUGAACAAGAAGAUCUUACUUAUUAGGCCGAAGAUGAUGCUGUGCGAAGACGGAAACUAUAGAGAGUCUCGGUGGUUUUCACCUUGGACCAAAGAAAGACAAAUUGAAGAUUACUAUUUGCCAAGAAUGAUAACAGCUAUAACAGACCAGACUACAGUUCCACUGGGCGAUGCUGUUAUUUCAACUAAGGAUACUUGCAUAGGGUUUGAAAUAUGUGAAGAACUGUGGAAUCCACAAAGUCGCCACAUUCCUCUUAGUCUUGAUGGUGUAGAGAUAAUAUCUAAUGGUUCCGGUAGUUACAUGGAGUUACGAAAAGCUUACGUUACAGUAGAUUUGGUCAAGAGUGCAACUUUCAAGAGUGGCGGUGCCUAUUUGUUCAGCAACUUGCGAGGCUGCGACGGCCAAAGAAUAUAUUUUAAUGGGUGUUCGUGUGUUGCUGUCAAUGGAAGCAUUGUUAGCAGAGGGCUCCAGUUUGCGUUGCACGAUGUGGAAGUGAUAGCUGCUACAAUAGAUCUGGAAGAUAUACGUUCGUACAGAACUCAGAUACGGUCUCGGUCCCAUUUAGCAGCAUCCAACAAACCCUUCCCACGAAUCACUGUGGACUUCGCUCUAUCUGAUGAUGAAGAUCUCAAUUUGAUAAUCAGCCCACCUGUGGAGUGGAAAUACCUGACGCCGGAGGAAGAAAUCGAGUUAGGACCAGCCUGUUGGCUCUGGGACUACCUAAGACGUUCAGGACAAGGCGGAUUCUUCUUACCCUUGAGCGGUGGCGUUGAUUCCACUAGCACUGCUUGCAUAGUGUUCUCAAUGUGCACCCAAAUCUGCGACGCCAUACAAAAAGGAGAAAGCCAGGUUUUGUACGAUGUUCGGAAAAUUCUCUGCCAGUCGGAUUACACGCCCUCAGAUCCGAUGGAGCUAUGUAAUAGGCUACUCGUCACGUGUUACAUGGCUUCUGAGAACUCGAGCCAGGAAACAAAACAGAGAGCUUCACAGCUAGCAAGUGAAAUUGGCAGCUACCAUUUUCCAAUAGUAAUAGACGCAGCUGUCAGUGCCGUUAUAGGUAUAUUUACGACUGCUACUAGCCUAGUGCCCAAGUUUAGGGCGAAAGGUGGUUGUCCAAGACAAAAUCUGGCACUGCAAAACAUACAGGCGCGACUCCGAAUGGUUUUAUCUUACUUGUUUGCCCAAUUAAUGUUGUGGGUGCGAGGCAGGCCGGGUGGUCUGCUUGUGUUGGGGUCGUCCAACGUGGACGAGGCCCUUAGAGGCUAUAUGACAAAGUACGACUGCUCUAGUGCUGAUGUCAAUCCUAUUGGAGGAAUAUCGAAGACUGAUCUCAAAGCUUUCCUCCAAUACGCCAAGAAUCGAUUCUUCUUACCCUCUCUAUCUGAGAUACUUCAAGCACCACCCACAGCGGAAUUGGAACCCCUGACUGACGGUCAAAUUACUCAGACUGACGAACAAGACAUGGGGAUGACGUACGCAGAGCUAUCAGAGUUCGGUCGUUUACGGAAGACGAAUCAUUGCGGCCCGUACAGCAUGUUCAAUAAACUGGUACAUACGUGGAGCAAUAAGUGCACGCCGCAAGAGGUGGCCGAAAAGGUGAAGCACUUCUUCCGAUGCUAUGCUAUCAACAGGCACAAGAUGACGGUUCUAACACCCUCUUACCACGCGGAGACGUAUAGCCCCGACGAUAACCGCUACGAUCACCGGCCGUUCCUGUACCGAGUUCAUUGGAACUGGCAGUUCAAGGCCAUCGACGAUGCAGUUGCACAAAUGACUAAAGAUAAACGAGCGUCCACAAGGGAAGGCGAUCGCUCACAAGUAAAACAAGAUCUCGGUAAAAUUAACAACGGUAGCGCUUCUGCACCCAGUGUGAAUGCACCCCUGUAUCUGCGCCGAAAGGGCGUACUGAUAUAACGUUAUUCAUUCCAUUGUGAUUUAGAUUAACAGAAUAAAGACGACAGACUUCCAAAGACAUUACGGCCGCACUCAGAGAAGCUAAUUAACUUUUAAGUUGGACUAAAGUAAAUUUUCUCACUUACUCUGCAAUAACAAUAGAAUGAGAUAUUACGUGACUUAUUUGUCUCUGAGUACGGUUGUAAGGGCCACAUGCAUCAACAUUCGAAAUCUAAUGUAAAGCCCCAUUCCAACGAAUGACAAAUGUUUUAGAAGAACACGAACUGCCCUAAAGAGUGGUUUACACAUAAUUUGUUUUUUUGUAUUGAUAUCCAUUGGUCAUAUAUAUGAUUGGAUCGAAAAACCAGGCAUUUUUUUACCUAUUUCAAGCAUUAUUUGAGAUUUUCCCUUUAUUUAAGAACUUUGGUGCAAGCGGGCCAUAGUCUUUAGACUAUAGACAGUUUGCUAAAUCACCAAUAUACUCAUCGAUUGUUUCGAAAAAACCACGUUCCGUACCAUUAGCACGAACCAAUAUCGAAUUCGUAUCGUUUGCGAGAACGCAAUUUCAUUGUCAAAUUUUGUAUGGAAACUUGAACAGCAGCGCCACAAAGUACGUAAUGAGAACUAAAAAUCAGUACACAUUUGACAAAGACAUUUCGGAUUCGCAAACGUUACGAAUUCGAUAUUAGGGUACUGAUCUCGCGACUAUUUGCCGUACUGAGAGACAUAUUUUUUUUAAUGUUAUUUAAAAUGACGUGCUGUAUUAUUCUAACCGUAUCGCAAAAAUGAGCACUAACCUUAAACUCACUUAAAGCUUAUUUCAUGUUUUUUGGUGCGGCCGUAAUAGUCUAGCUAGAUACACCGUACACGUAACUGCACGCACCUUACACCUAGCUUAGUAGCUACUAGCGGCCGCCCGCGACUUCGUACGCGUGGGGUUAGUUAGAAGUAAAGGUUCACUGCUCGUGCCCCGUAGGUGAUAAUGUGAUAAUAUGUAGCUUAUAAGUUGACCAGACUUAAUACGACGACCUCCGUGGUCGAGUGAUUAAUACGCCGGGAUUCAUGGUGUCGCCAACUCGAGAGGUCCCGGGUUCGAAUCCCGGUAGCGGAAGAUGUUUAUGUCAUGAAUACGAGCAAUUUGUACUCCCGUCAUGGCUGUUUAAUAUGUAUUUCUAUAUAAAUAUACUUAUAUAUGUACAAUAUAUUAUGUAUUCUAUCCGUUACCCUAGUAUCCCAUAACACAGUGAUUACUUUGGGGCUAGGCUAAUUGGUGUUAGUGUUGGAAAUAUUUACUUAUUUAUUUAAUAAUAUUCGUGCCAAAUUUGAAAUAAAUCCAUGCGGUACUUUUUGAGUUUAUCCCGGACAUACAUACAGACAAACAGGCAAAAAUUCUAAAAACUAUAUUUUUGGCUUCGGUAUCGAUUGUAGAUCAGACCCCAAUUAAUCUUUUAAAAAAAAAUCAAUGUACAGUUUUGACUUUACUACCAUUUUAUUAUAUGUAUAGAUAGUGGGUGUGUGCAAUUACGUCAACUGCAUUCAAACUAGCCAAAUGUAGUCUACCUAUCUAACGGCCAUAUUCAGAGAUUAAUUAAAUGUGAUGCUUAUUAACUGCCAGUUUCAAUAAUAAUCCGCUAUUAAAAGGUAAGGAUAAUCUGGUUACGUUGCUUUAAAAUAGUUGUUUUUCAGCUUUCUUGCCUAGAUAUUAAUUGACUUCAAUAAUAACUGUUACUAAGAAACGGAACCAGAUUAUCCUUAAGCAACGACUUGUCUUAUCUGCUGUUACCGCAAGGAAUUGACAUCAUCAAUUUGAAUAAAACUCAUAGAUUAUUUUUAAUUUUAUUGUUUACCUACACUCAGAGAGGACAUUUAUACUCUCGAUGAUCAAUGUUCUGUUGAAACGCUUCCAUUUAUAUUAACUUGUAUUCGGCGAUUCAAAUUGCUAUACAAUGACUCUGCUAUGAAUGUGGGUCACACUUACGAACAUCAUCGAAGAAAAAAAAAACUGUACUAGUUUUUCAUUGAUGAUGUGAUGUGUGAAAAUUAUUUGAAUUUUAUUUAGUUCGUACUCACGUGCACGUGUUUUGUUUGUUAUCCUUUUAUUAUGUCACUUAAAAGUUUCAUGCGAUGCUUACACUUGUAUCUUCCUACAUCUACGUGCAUAUUCGGAAUUGCUCGCCCGUAUUUCUGCCUCAUAAAGUCAUCGGCCUUUAAAGCUAGAGAGUUUACAAAUUUAUUAUAUAUCUAUCUCACUCUAUUUUUAUUGACAAAGUUUUUAUAAUGCUAAGGUGAUACUGUAACUUUUCUACAUCUGUCCUUAUAAGAAAUAACAAAUUAUGUAUUACAGAUCUGUUAACAUCGUCGAUUCAUUUGUAUGCUUUGAAAUAAAUAAUGGAUGAAGGCAGUGCCGAAAAACACACGCAGUUGUAAUUACUUCCUUAUGUUUUCACCUCACCUUAUUGUUUGUAUUUUGAUUUGAACAAUAGUCUUUAGUAAUUUAAUUGUAUGUGAUUUUGGUAAGAAUAAACUAUUGUAGAUGUAUUUUGUAAGCUUGCGUUAUUUCGUUGAUAUUCCAAAGCUCGUAUUUUAUAAAAGCGAAACUUAUUUUUUGAUGCACUUUUGUAAGGCGAUUGGGAGUCUAAUUGUUUAUACGUCAAUGGAUGGCUUUGAUAGUUUUUGUUAAGGGCAACCUCUUUGCCAGCUAGCUGACUUUGUGCAUGCAAAGAAAUCCGAGUUUAUGCAAAAAAUUGCAAAACCAUGAAGUCAAGACAAUGGACAGGCGAGUUAGCUUGUCUAUUGUCUUUGACUUUAUGGUUUUGUCAUUUUGGUUAUUUUAGUCGAGUUUGCUGGGCACUUGUCCCACCGCCGACGAUGAGCGAGAAGCGAGUCGAGCUAGAAACUAGAAACGAGUUAUUGAGUAGCGGGAAGCAAGUGUGUAGUUUCGAUAGUUAUAUCGCUAGACUAAAGCUGGGGAUACACAUGCCAGUAAAAUCGGGAAAGUAGCUGCCAUGAAAGUUACUAGCAUGUACGAGUAACUGGUACACUUACGCGGAUACAUUUGCAAGUAAUACUGGCAUGCAAGUUGUGCCCUUGCAUGCCAGUAUUACCAUCGCGUAUACACAGGAUAGUUCGUGAGAGUCACUCUUACCUACCUAUUCUUGCGCGC